GUCUCCCUCUAAAUUGACCCCGCAGCCUCUACCGCGGCGACGGAAUCAGCCAAAGCCCGUGGCGGAUUACCAGUCGCACGCCAUCGCCAGGCCAUGGGCAAGAUGAGGAUGCCCGUGCCCUCCCUGUUCCGCCUCAGCCGCCGCUCCAAGUCUCCGCCGCCGCAGCAGCCGGCCGCACAGGCCGCCGGGUCCCCUCCGCGGACGGCGGAGGAGGAGAUGGCGCGGGUCUUCCGCAAAUUCGACGCCAACGGCGACGGCCGGAUCUCGCGGUCCGAGCUCGCGGCCCUGUUCGAGAGCCUGGGCCACGCCGCCUCCGACGACGAGCUCGCGCGCAUGAUGGCCGAGGCGGACGCCGACGGCGACGGCUUCAUCAGCCUCGACGAGUUCGCCGCCCUCAACGCCACCGUCGCGGGCGACGCGGCCGCCGUCGAGGAGGACCUGCGCCACGCCUUCCGCGUCUUCGACGCCGACGGCAACGGCACCAUCUCCGCCGCCGAGCUCGCGCGCGUCCUCCGGGGGCUCGGCGAGUCCGCCUCCGUCGCCCAGUGCAGGCGCAUGAUCGAGGGCGUCGACCAGAACGGCGACGGCCUCAUCUCCUUCGAGGAGUUCAAGGUCAUGAUGGCCGGGGGCGGAUGCUUCGCCAAGAUCGCAUAGGCGGCCGGUUCUCCGCCGAAUCCGCUCAACCGGCUCUUCCCCCCUCUCUCGCUCUCUGUUUUUUUUGUCCCCACCCUUCUUGACUAUCCGAGCGUGCCGUGUGCGGGUUAAUUAAGUGUAUAUAGAAGCAAGCAACGAUUAUUCCUAGCGUUAGAUUCUUUCUACUAAUAAUUGGGAAUCGCGAAUUUCUAGUACCUAGUAUAUUGGUUGGGAAUUGGUGGAGGCCGGAAAGCAGUGGUUCAGAGCUAAUUUCUGUUCAUGUCUCUGAUCCGCUUAUUGUUCCUUCAGUUUAUGAAGAGCAAACGAUGAUUGGGACCUCCUAUGGAUCGGAUAUCCAACUCGUGUUUCCUUCCAUCCAUCCAUUGUUCUGAAUCUGCUCCGUAGCCUGAACUAAAUCUAAAGCCUGCUUUCGUCAGUUGCUA